UAAUAUAAUGUUUAAAUACAGGUAUACGAUAAUUAGGUAAACUAAUCACAUUACGAUCUUUAAAAGCGAUGCAUUCUAUUGAUUUCAUAUCAGUUUUUAAAUUGUAACUGUUUUGAAUACAUCAUCAUUACAAAACAAGAUUCUUCCAAAAUGAAACUGUUUCUGGUAAACCUCUGCCUGAUCGCUGUGGCAUCUGCUGCCCCUUCUGAUAGCAGCGAAAAAUUGGCUGGAAUUCGUGCUUUACCGGCUCUAUUUCACGAGGAAGUCCACGAUGAUCUCGGACAAUACACCUUGAAGUAUAAAACAGCGGAAGGGAUCUUUGUAUCGGAAAGCGGACGUCUGGUGCCAUCAGAAGAUGGCAGUAGACAAGUCCUCAUCACAGAAGGAGAAGUCUCAUACGUCGGCGACGACGGAAAGACCUAUGUCACGAAGUACAGCGCCGGUGUUGAAGGCACCAAAAUGGAAGGAGAUCAUCUUCCUAAGCCUGUUCACGCUAGCCCUUGAAAUAAAGUCGUAAUGCAUUAAAAUCUGUCUAAAUCGUA